ACUCUCUGAUUCUGUCUAUAAAAACCAAGAGUUACAAGCUAAAUUUAUCAACUCUCUUCUUUCCAUAUGGCUUCCUCCCUUCCAACUAUUUCUUGUAGUUUGAAUACAAGUACACAUAAACACAGGGCCUCACUCAAGCUCAAGCAACCCCAGGUGAGAUGUCAAAGCUUCAAAGACGAAGGGAAGUCUGAGGAUAUGGUGGAGGCGAAUUUAAGUGUGUUGAGACGGAGAAUAGAAGAAGUAAAGAAGAAGAAGGAGAGUUCAAGCAGCAGCUUGAACGAGCAAUGCUGUUCCUGUAGACAUAAAAAUGGAUGGAAUUAUCAACGAGUUUAUUACGAUCAUCAUCACCGUCAUAAACAUAAAAAAAUUACUGAUAGAAUCAUUUCUGAGUCGAUCCAGAUUCUGGGUUCUGUUAGUGGUGCAGUUGGGUUUGUUUUUCUCACUGGUUCUCUCUUCAUCUUCCUCUUCUCCUUUCUUGUUCAUAGUUUUUGAGUCGGGAAAAUUUAUGCAGAACCCUAGAUUUAGUAGUUACUUUAUGUACGAUUUAAGUUUAAUAAAUAAUCCAUAAAUUUUUCAUCA